GGUCAACCUGGAACCUGGAUCACAUCUGGUUUUAUACAUUUGGACCUGGAUCACGUCUGUUCUGUGACUCUGGACCUGGUUUAGUUCUGGUUCUGUGAAUCUGGACCAGGGUCAGACCUGGUCCUGGUUCUGGCUCAGCCAUGCACACCAUCCACCGUCUGUGUCGAGACUGCAUCGGACAGAACCUGCCUCAGGUGAGCGUCGUUCGAGGAAAAGAUGGUUUUGGAUUCACGAUCUGCUCCGACUGUCCGGUCCGAGUCCAGGCUGUCGACCCUGGUGGUCCAGCCCACCAGUCCGGUCUCCGUCAGGGAGACUCGGUCCUGCAGCUGAACGGACUGCCUGUGGAAACCUGGAAGUGUGUCGACCUGGCCCACGCCAUCAGGAGUUGUCCCUCUCAGAUAGUCUUGGUGGUGUGGAGAGGUUUACCUGAGAUCAGGUCUGGAUGUGAACCUUUGCUCCGCCCACAGACACAGACAACAGGCAGGAAGCUCCUGCCUCACCCCGCCCACAGUAAACAUGGCAGCCGCAGACGGGGUCAAGGGUUGGGGCUCAGGUCCAGUCUGGGGGCACUGGGUUCUCUCUGGAGGGACCGGAAGGAGGAGGAAGACCAGGAGCUCACUGACUGCACCCCCCACACCACCACACUCAAGGGCACCCGAGUGACAUCAUCAAAUGGAGACAAUUACAUCAUCCUGUCACCUGUCGACCCCGGAGAUCAGCUCCUUCAGCCGGUUUAUCAUGACAGGAACGGGACGAUUGGUCGUCUGUACCAGACUCACCCCAGCAGGGGGCAGAACCUCCUCCAUGACCCUCGUCCUGCAUCGUCACAGCGACUGUUCACCAGCCACACCGCCACCAUGUCCCCGCCCCCUUCCUCAACCUCCUCCUCCUCAGUCCCACCCAGUAACUAUGGAAACUACCAGAACUGCACCAUCGUCCAAUCACAUCUGCCCUGCUCCAGCUACGGAACCUACGUCACCCUGGCACCCAAGACCCUCAUCUUCCCUGUCUUUGUCCAGCCCCUGGAUCUGUGCAGCCCAGAGAGAACUCUGCUGAUGUCAGAGGAAAUGUUUCUACACCAGGCUGACCUGCUGCCUGCAAAGGUGACGGUGUUGAUCUACACCGACCUGCUGCUGUUGACCAGAGAGGAAGAAGCUGGACGAUGUAACGUCCUACAGAGUCCCCUGUACCUGAACUCACUGCAGCUCAGAGAGGUGUCGUCAGAGCCUCUCCACAUCUACCUGCUGCAGAGCUCUCACAGCUGCUGCCGUUGUCUCUUCAGUCUGGAGGCUUUCAGCAUCGAGCAGAAGGUCAGAGUCAGUCUCUGUCUCCAUGACAACAUCCAACAACAGCUGGUCGCCACAGAGUCCGGACACAACCAGCAGCUCUCAGACCUCCACUCAGACUUUGGCCUCCUCUCUCUCAGCCAGUCGGACCUCCUCUAUCGGCCCUCCUCUCCUUACUCCUCCCUUUGUGACACUCUCAGACCUCCCUCCCCCUCUCUUUACCCCCCCAGCUCUCCCUUCUCCUCUACUCCUCCUCCUCCCCCCUUCUCCUCCCUCCCUCCAACCGCCUCCUGUUCUCCUCCUGCCAAGACCUUCACCUCCUCCUUCUCCUCCCAGAGGAGUCCUGUCUGGAAGGAGAGAGGGGGGAGGGAGGAGGAGGAGGAGGAGCGGCAGCAGGGGGAGGGGGAGAGCGCUUCUGAAACAUCCGAGAGUGUGGGAGGUUUUGGGGGGCGGGGCUUCCUGUUCAGCCCCGCCCACUUCAUCAUGAAAGAGGAGGAGGAGAGUGAUGAAGAGGAGGGAGGGGGUGAUGAGUUCAGCUCCUCCUACAGGCCUGCAGUUCUGCGUCGGUCUCUCUCAGAGGGUUCACUGCUGCAGGAACCUCGCUCACCACGCUUCCUGUCUGACAGCACCAUCCACCGCCUCACCCAUCUCACGACCUUUGACCCUGACACGGGCCUCAACUCCCACCCCCCCUCCCCCCACACACUGAGGAAACAGCUGACCAGAGAGGGCGGGUCUCUGCACCACAUGCUGCUGCUACUCAAUGGCUCCAAGGAUUCAGAGUUCAGAAACCUUCAACUGAGGAAGAAGACCAAGAGUCUGGCUUCAGACGUACGCAGCCGCCUGGCGUUUCUACAGCGACGGAAGAACAGCAACUGUCUCCAUGGUAACAGUUUGGAGAAAGCUCUGAGAAAUAACAGGCCGUCUGCGGUGGAGGUGCAGAGGUGGGCGGGGAGUCUGGAGGCUCUGCUGACCAAUCAGUAUGGUCUUGCAGUUUUCCGCCACUUCCUGAGGUCAGAGUUCAGCGAGGAGAACCUGGACUUCUGGUUGGCUGUGGAAAGAUUCAGGAGGACACGCCCCCUCAGCAAGAUGGCCGCCAGAGCUGCAAAAAUAUACGAUGAGUUCAUCUCCACCACGGCGGCGAGACAGGUCAACGUGGACUCGUCUGUCAGAGAGUCGACCAAUCACAGCCUGCAUCUCUGCGUUAGCCCCGCCUCCUUCCAGCUGGCCCAGCAGCAGGUUUUUGGCCUGAUGGAGACGGACAGCUACCCACGAUUCCUCAAGUCCCGCCUCUACGCUCAGCUGGCCAAUCAGGGCACACCUACAGUCCCAGGCUCAGCCAAUCAGAGCGGAGCAGUGUCUGCCGAGCCGGCCAACCAGAACGCGGCUGGGUCUGUGGCUUUAAGCCAACCGUGAAUGAGGAGGAGGAGGAGGAGGAGGAGCCAAUCAGAGGCUCCAACCAAUGAAAAGACUACGGAGGUGCAUUAUGGGAAAUGUAGGAUGCAGUGUGUUUCUGUUUGAUUUAUAAUCAUCUGAUAAACGUUUCAGAAAAUAUUAUUAUUAUUAUUAUUAUUAUUAUAUCUUCAAAUGUCCAAAACACAUAAAGUCAUUAAAUCCUCACUUUUUAGAAACAGAAUCCUUUUUGGCACAUUUGCUUUAAGAUCCCCUGCAAACAUGUUUUAAGAUGUUCGGUUCUGUAUUCUGAGUUAUUAGCAGCUCAGCGUCCUGCAGACUGUCAGUAACUGGAUGAACCAGCAGGAGGCGCUGCAGCUCCAUGACGACAUGUUUCUGCUGCAGCCUGUUUGAGUUUGUUAUAAUCAGCUGAUUCAUGUUUUACAGAGUCAUCAAGUCCUCACAUUUAAAGACACAAUCAGGUGAUUUUUGGCACAUUUGCUUAAAGAUGUCAGAUAAUAAUUAUCUAUAAAUAUGCAGAUAUGUUUCACUUAUAAAACAGAUUAAUACAGAAACUAAUACAGAAAUAAGUGAAUUAUUGUUUAUUUUUAUUCAUAAUAAACAAGCUGACGACCAGAUGAUGGAACAAGAAACGACUUUUGUUUUAAUUAACUUUUUAAAUUAGUUAAUUUUUAACUGCAGUCAGUGAAGAAUUUUCUUCUUAUUAUUAUUAUUAUAGAGCAGGAGACUAGACUGUGAUUAAGUGUCCUGACUGAUAAUAUAUAUAAUAAUAAUAAAUGAUGUCAUUGUUGGA